AAGUAUAGUUGAUUGAGAAAAGUAACAGACAAGCUGCCUUGUUGUUUCUUGACAAGAAAGAAGCUCACUGCUGGACUCCAAAAUGAAAGCAGGGAUUUGCCUUCUUCUCUUAUGUGAAAUGUGCACAUCUCUUGGCAAGAAUGGAAAUCAAAAGAAAGAUAAAGAGGAGAGUCUCUUGCAGAAUCUUGUGACCGCAGAGCCAUUUGAAGAGCAAGUCCCUCUAGAGUUCACUCUUUACAACCUCACUGAAAAGAACAUGAAUUUUGGAUUCAAUCUCUACAGGAAAAUAGCACUGAAGCAUGACAAUAACGUGUUUUUCUCCCCGCUCUCUAUGUCAUUUGUGAUGGCUGUCUUCAUGCUCGCGGCUAAAGGGGAAACCUACAAGCAAAUCGUUCAGGGUACAAACCUCCAUCUUUUGCAGGGCAAAGAGAAUUUUCAUCAGUUGCCAACUUUGUUUAAACAAUUGAAAGAUAACAUCACAGAGAAUGAAGAGCUUGUUCUGCAGAGAGGUAGUUUGUCUUUUGUUCAAAAGAACUUCAGACUGAAGGAGCCUUUCCUUAAUCUAUCCAAGCAGUACUUUGAUAUGGAGUUCUUAAAUGUGGAUUUUUACAACUCCACCCAUGCAAAAAAUAUCAUAAAUCAGAAUAUUAACAAGAAGACCAAAGGAAAAAUCCCAAAGCUUUUUGAAGAAUUUGACCAGCAUGCUAAACUGGUUCUCGUGGAUUACAUUCUUUUUAAAGGCAAAUGGUUGCACCCAUUUAAUACAAGGUUCACAGAACUGGAGACUUUCUAUAUAGACAAGUAUAGGAACGUACAGGUGCCCAUGAUGUUUAAAUCAGACAUGGUUGCCUCAACUUUGGAUAAGAAUUUACGAUGCAUUGUGCUAAAACUUCCCUACAGAGGGAGUGCACACAUGCUUAUUGCCAUGCCGGAAAAGGAGGGAGACUACGCUUCACUUGAAGACCACAUAACAGCAGAGCUUGUGGAAUCGUGGCUUAGAAACAUGAAGACCAGAAAAAUGGACAUUUUCUUUCCAAAGUUCAAAUUAGACCAGAAAUACCAGAUGCAUGAACUGCUUCGUGCUCUGGGAAUCCGAAACCUCUUCACAAAGAGGGCAGACCUGAGUCAACUCACAGAUCAAAGAUUUGUAAAAGUAUCAAAGAUUAUCCAAAGAGCAGCAAUUGAAGUGGAUGAGAAAGGAACUGAAGCAGCAGCUGUUAGUGGGUCAGAAAUUACUGCAUACUCAAUGCCUCCUACCAUUAAAGUUAACCAGCCAUUCCUCUUUAUGAUUUACGAAGAAACUUUCAAAACAUUGCUGUUCAUGGGCAGAGUGGUUAAUCCUACAGAACUGUGAAUGAAGACAAUAGUUUCUAGUCUAUCUCCAGGAUAUUCCAAGUUUUAUUUUUAUUUUCUUAAAACUAUUACAUUGCAUUAGUUAGAAUUGAAAACUAGCUAGAUAUGAAAACAGAUUCAUUUCACAUCUCAAAUCAUGCAGCAUGUCCUACUAAAUUAUUUUUGUUAAUGCCCAAGUGGCAAGAUUAUCUAGCUGAGGCAAUAAUUGUGACAAAAUAGAGAUUUGUUCAAAAGAUGCAUGUUAUUUUAUGUAUUUCCUAAACUACUCCUUCUGACAGCCAUCUAACAGUAGGCUUAAGAUUACUGAUUGUAUACUAUAAAAAUCAGUUCAAAUAUUUUAUUCUGUGAUCUAAACUAGAUAUUUCUGUAUAUGUGCAAAUUCAAUAAAAUGUUUGAGUUAAAAGACGCUAAUUUCUGUUUAA